CAGACGGAGGAGAACACAAAACCAUGGCCCCUCCCGGCCAACUGCUCCCCUUGACCCGCUCGCUUCUGCCUCCCUUCCUCUCCGCCCGCCGUCGCCCCACCCGCGCCCAACCACCGCCUCCGCCUCCAUGGCAGCCGCGCCGCCUCCUGUGCUCUGCUCCUCUCCAGCCGCUCCGGCCUCUGGCCAGGACCCGUCCCGCUUCUGCGCCUCCUGCAGCCUCCGCGGCCGGCGGCGGCGAGGCCCAGGCCGUGGCGGCCGAGUUCAUGACCUCUGAGAGGGUGAAGGUGGCAGCGAUGCUGGGGCUGGCCCUCGCGCUCUGCAACGCCGACCGCGUCGUCAUGUCCGUCGCCAUCGUCCCGCUCUCCCAGGCCUACGGCUGGACCCCGUCCUUCGCCGGCGUCGUGCAGUCAUCCUUCCUUUGGGGAUAUCUGAUAUCACCUAUAAUUGGUGGAGCGCUUGUUGACUACUAUGGCGGGAGGCGAGUCAUGGCUUAUGGUGUGGCUUUAUGGUCCUUCGCCACAUUCCUUUCCCCUUGGGCAGCAAGUCGCUCACUGUGGUUGUUCAUCUCAACCAGAGUUCUGCUCGGUGUUGCAGAAGGAGUGGCAUUGCCAUGUAUGAACAAUAUGGUGCUAAGGUGGUUUCCUCGCACUGAACGAUCUAGUGCGGUCGGGAUUGCCAUGGCUGGUUUUCAGCUUGGAAAUACCAUUGGCUUACUUCUUUCUCCUAUCAUCAUGUCACGAGCUGGAAUAUUUGGACCAUUUGUGAUUUUUGGCUUGUUUGGAUUUCUGUGGGUGCUGGUCUGGAUAUCUGCUAUAUCAGGAACUCCUGCUGAACAUCCUCAAAUAUCAGCAUAUGAACUAGAGUAUAUAACCAAGGGUCAGAAAUUGGUGAAACCUAAAGUUCAAGGUGAAAAACUAAGAAAGGUCCCUCCCUUCAGCAAACUACUUUCUAAAUGGCCGACCUGGGCUUUGAUUUCUGCAAACGCUAUGCAUAGCUGGGGCUAUUUCGUCAUCCUUUCAUGGAUGCCAGUGUAUUUCAAAACAAUAUUUCAUGUCAAUCUGAGAGAAGCUGCAUGGUUUAGUGCGAUUCCCUGGGUUAUGAUGGCAGUUUUAGGCUAUGUGGCUGGUGUUGUAUCAGACAGACUUAUCAGAAAUGGCACAAGCAUUACUUUAACUCGGAAGAUCAUGCAGACAAUUGGCUUUGUGGGUCCUGGUAUUGCCCUUCUUGGCUUAAAUGCAGCAAAGAGUCCAGCAAUUGCUUCAGCUUGGCUAACAGUCGCUGUCGGUUUGAAGUCCUUUGGUCACUCAGGAUUCCUAGUAAAUCUUCAGGAGAUUGCACCACAAUAUGCUGGAGUGCUACAUGGAAUGUCAAAUACGGCUGGAACAUUUGCUGCCAUUUUAGGAACUAUUGGAGCAGGAUUCUUUGUUGAUCGGAUGGGCUCUUUUCGUGGCUUUAUAAUAUUAACAUCACUUUUAUACUUCAGCAGUGCACUGUUUUGGGAUAUCUUUGCUACUGGAGAGCGUGUUGAUUUUGAUGGCACUGGCUAGUGCCAAAGAGUAUACAUUACAUAUCCUAGAAGAUAACAUCAUGAUUUGAUGAUUCACUGCAGAUUACCAUGCCAUCAUCAUCUUGGAUAUUACUGGAAAGUUCCAUGAUCCUAUAGAUGAACAGUGCAGUUAUGACCCGUCACUGCAAAAUCGUGUGCUUCAACAUAUUGGAAGUAUGUGGUGAGUUGGUUUAUUGUGGAAGAAGAGUAUCUGAUAUGGAUAAUGGAUUUAGCUACUGAGAUCAUUUGAAGUUUUCUGCUGGGCAAGUCCGAGAUAUGAAUGUCACGAGUCAAGGAUACCUGAAGCAGUAUCAGAGAAUAAGUAUCUGUGUAGGAGCCGUACUAGGGGUGGCGAACUGGCAAUGGUAGUGGUAGAGAAUCUAUAAUGAUUCCCGGGAUAGCUGAAGGCUUGAUCUGGCAUAUAUCUUGUAAAGGCAAGAGUUGCCAUUGUUUAAAAUUGCUAGUUGAUGUAAUUCCUUUACUGUUAUGAUUAGUGGAAAAGUGAGAACAGGAACUUGCAGACAUAUGGAACGUGCUGAGGGUGUAAAGACCAGAAUAAAUUAGGUAUGAAUGGCUUUCUAGAAUCA